AUAAGGCCAGGUUGAUGGCCGUCAGAAGUGAAUUGGGGUCUGCUUGGCUAAGGGCCAUUCCCAUUACAGCUUGUGGUGCAAGGCUUGACAAUGAUUCUAUUAGAGUGAGUUUAUGCUUGAGACUUGGGUUGCCGGUGGUGUCAGGUUACAGAUGCUUUUGUGGGGCGGAUGUUUCUCAGUUGGGUCACCAUGGUUUAUCGUGUAGGCUUGGUUCAGGAAGACAAGCAAGACACUCUGCCAUGAAUGAUUAUAUAUGCAGAUUAUUCCAAAAAGCAGAUAUACCUACCGUUAAGGAACCAGCAGGCCUACUAUCUGAAAGCAACUUCAGGCCAGAUGGUUACACCCUGGUACCGUGGUCCCAAGGUUGUUGUUUAUCAUGGGAUGUGACGUUUCCUCACACGUUAGCCGAAAGGUACAUAAAUUACACGGCUAUGAAGCAAGGUUCCGUUGCGGUGAAGGCUACUGAUUUCAAGAAUACUAAGUAUAAAGAUCUAAACGACAAAACGAGAGUUUUUGUUGCGAUCUGCGUGGAGACAUUUGGCCCAGUUGAUAAACAGACACAAUUAUUUUUUGAUAGCAUAGGUACUAAAAUAGUUGAAAAAUCUGGUGAUCCCAAUGAUAAAAUUUAUAUAAAGCAAAAUAUAUCGUUGUUGUUGCAAAAGUUUAAUUCAUUUUGUAUUUUAGAGAACAUUACUAAGUGCCCUUCUGGGCGAGACCCUGUACACUAA